AUGAGGGAAGACGACAGCAAUAAUUACGCUGACGAGGGCGAUAUUUCUACAGAAGAAAACCUUAAGGAAAAUAGUAAAACAGAACCAUACGAUAGUAUUGAAGAUCUUGAAGAUAGUAGCAGGGAACGUUUUGAAUAUGAUAAUAAGGACGUAUCGGAAAAAAACAUAAAUGACAGUUAUGAAAUUAUCGAAAAAAAUAAUAAAAAUAUAACACCUAAAAGCGAAAUUGACAAAAGUAAGGAGGAGAACAAAAAAUAUAUUAAUUCCAAUGAGGAAAGUAACGAACGUGAUGGUUUACUCAAUAGAGAAAGUGUUAAACAUAUACCUCACAAAAUAGAUCAAAAUAAAAAAGAUAAAAAGAAUCGCUAUGAGAUUGACGAAAGCAGAGAAUACGAUAGCACAAAAGAGGAUCUAGGUCAAAGUAACGAACACAAAGUAGGAGACAGUAAAAAACACAAAGAAAGAGAGCAACUCGGUGAUAAAGUAUCAUUCGAAAAAGUUUUACCUACAAGUGAGGAUUCGUUAAGCAGUGAUAAAUUGGAAAAUGAUCGUCACAGCGAAGACGAUAGAAAUUCAAAUGAAACGAAUUCCGAAAGUAUUGAGAAUUUUGAUGACUUUGAAAAAACACAAAGGGUUGAUAAAGGUAAAUUGGGUUUGAACAAUAACAAUAACAACCCAAUAAAGGAACAAAAGGUUGAGGAUUUCAGUUAUGAAAAUUUAAAUGAGAUUUCACCAGAUUCACAAACUACCUUAGAAAAACCUGAUACGAUUACUAAUUCAAAAAGCUCUUCAAUCGUUGACUCUACCAACGCAAAACAAGUCAAGAUAAAUGAUGAUGAAAUUAAACCUGUUAUAGAACUUAAUAAUGAAGACAGUAGUUCUCAAAGCGAAGAAGUAAGCAAAGAAUAUAGAGAAAGUGAAGAAAUCAAACCAAGAGAUGAAUAUAUUAAGAAAAAUUUGAAGAAUAUAGGUGUAAAAGAUUUACUUUCAACAUCUAAAACAUUAAAUGAAGACGUUAAAUCACAAUUUGAAAGAAUACCAGAAAACUACAAGCAUACAAAUGCUAAAAGUGAUAGUACGGAAGAACCGCCAUCUCAUAAAAAUAACGACGAAGAAGGGACCUUAGAUAUAUUGACUCCAGAUAAUCAUGAGUAUGAUAAAGAUUUAAAUAUCAAGUUUAGUGAUUUAAGUAUUAAAUUACCUGAAAUUAAACUGCCAAAAGAUAUAUUAGCAUACACUCACAAGGAAGGAGAAGACGAUGACAAAGAUCAAAAAAGAAAGCUUGAAGAUACAGAAGAGGAACAAGAUGAUGAAGAGGAGGAGGAACAUCACGAAAACUCGAAAUACGAAGGUAAAUCUAAAGAAAACAAAGACAAUUUUUAUCAAUUUUACUCCUACCCUCAAGAUGAGGAUUCAUCAGAAGAGCCCAAAAAGAAAAAUAAAGGAUAUUUCAACUAUCGUGACAGUGGCGAAGACUUGUAUGAAAAAUUUGUGAGAGAGAGAUUUGGAAAAUCAGGCAAUUUAAAAUCAAGAUCUGAAAAAUUGAUAAAUUACGAACCUAUUAUGCAAAACAAAAAUCUCUACCAAAGUGUACAGAAAGUUUUGAAAAGAACAAACCAAAUAGAAAAAGAAGCCCAAGAUAGCAAAGAUCCAAAUUACAUGUGGACUUUAGAAUAUGGGGGGAAAUUAUAA